AAUACAAAGUUCUUCUUCAAAAAUAGGUGUUCAAUAGCAGAUUUGCAGAUUGUGAAAACAUUUUAUUAGAAUUUUAAGUGCAUUAAAGGUACAAUAUUUCAUAAAUCUUAUGAACGAGAAAAAUCCAAAAGAACAAUAAUUUGAAUAUUUGUAAAUGGUCCUGAGCUGUUUUCGUUCUUUCAAAAUCAAGAACUCAAGUAAAAAAAGUCCUCCACCAAAUUCUAUUAAAAACAAAAACAAAGAAAAUGAGCGCGAAAUUCAAAAUCGAUUCUUUAAUUUUUCAAGUUAUAUGAAGCAUACCAAUCAUACAUACGAAAAUGUUUAAUCGUUUACCCAAUACGGAAUCUCAGCUCUGAAGGACCCGACUAUGAUGACAAAAAUUUACUUUUCAUUUCAACAAUAUUCAGGUGAAUGCCAAGACACUGCGGAAGAUAUGACUGUGGAAAGAGAAACAAAAGAUCUAAGCCCAAGCGAUUUGAAUGAGCAAUCUGAUCCGGUUGCUUCGGCUGACAUUGAUCAAUCAGCCGAACCAACAACAACAACAGAAUCCCUAAUGGAGGAAGACAAUAAUUGUCCAGCUUCGUCAAGUUCGCCUAGAACCCUAUCACCACCUUCCGAACCAGAAGUCGAUGAUAGAAAUUCUCCUUCAGUUCAAUCAGAUCUUCCAUCGGAAGCUAAUUCACCCUCAGAACCAGACGACUCAUCAUCAAUAAUAGUUCCUGCUGUCGCAGUAGCAACAACUGCAAUUCCUAAACUACGACUGAAUGCACUCCUAGCAUCUGAUCCAGCACUAAAUCCAGAUGCAAGAAAUUUGAAAAUUCUUCAUGAAGAAUCAACAAAAAAUCAUCAUCAUUUAGAUGAAUCAUUACCUGCACCAGUUGAUCAGAAGCCAACUAAUGUUGUAAAGAGUCAAGUUCCAACAACAGCAGUUGUAGAUAAUUCACAACGUGUGAAAGUUUUUAUGUGUCUUCCAUGUGGAAUUGGAUUCUCGUCGAGAUCAACUUUGGAAGCACAUCAAGCUUAUUACUGCUCACACAGAAAAGAAGCAGAAGAAGAUUCGACAACUGGUGGAGGUGGUAGUGGUGGCGUUGGGGGAAGUGGAGGCGGCCCUGGGAGUGCGUCAUCGGGAGAUAAAAACUCUACCAUCACUUCCAGUGGUGAGCCAUCAGCGAAAUCUAUUAAGACUGGCAAGCAAUAUGCUUGCACACAGUGCUCCUAUAGUGCCGAUAAGAAAGUCUCAUUAAAUCGUCACAUGCGAAUGCACCAAAGCUCUCCGGCGCCAAGUUCGAACGCCUCCAAUGGUGGCGAUGAUAGUUCUAGUCAACAAAUCGAUCGUUACUGCUCUGAAUGUGAUAUUAGAUUCUCGAAUGUUAAAACUUAUCGUGCCCAUAAGCAACAUUAUUGUAGUUCAAGGCGAAAUGAUGGCCAAACAACUCCAAAAUUACCCGAACUUAGUACUAAAACUAGUGGCGGUUCAGUCAGUCCACCACAGGUGCGAACCAAAACACCAACACCAGCUGCUGUGGCAGCAGCAGCAGCGGCCGCAGCAGCUGCUGCCGUUGCUCCACAACCAUUUAUUGCUCUACCAACAAAUCCCAUACUCAUAAUUCCAUAUUAUUUAAUACGAGCUGCCAGUAUGAUUCCAGGACCAUUAACCUCAGUAUCACCUGGUAUUCCAAAUCCUGAAAGCACAUGUUUCUCACUUGAAAAUGGAUCUCUUAAACCAAUGGCUACGGCCUUAAGUACCAAUAGCAUUACAAAUAACCAAAUUCCACAUGUGGAAACAACACCACGGACACAUUCACAACAACCACCAUUACCAAGUACUCCAUCGCUAACUGAUACAAAUGUAGCGACACCAUUGUUAACAGAAAAGAAUACAAGAGCAUCUUCUGCAAAUAGUUGCAGUGAUUCUGUGAAAGCUAUUAAAAAAGACCUGCCCAUAAGAGAUUUUGCUCCUCUUGAUCUAUCAUUACGACGAUCUCCCAUUCAAAAAGCCCAUCGAGUUCGUUCGUCAUCGAGCUUCAUGGCACCAAUUGAUGAUAGAAUUGAUAUAGAAAACAUGAUGGAAGGCAAGGAGAAUCUCUCCAUUGAUAGUGGUAGUAUAACACCGGAGCAAAUAGUCUGUGCUCCUUCUUUACCCAAUAGCCCUUCUAUGAGUCCAUCGCCGAAAAGAAGAGCUUUAAGCCCCCGAAGUAGCAGUGCGGCAUCAAUAUCACCAGUUCCAACAUCUGUAAUUGAUCAUUUGCCAUUGAGAUCUAUGCUCCCAGCUGAUAUUGCCAUGAAACUAACUGAAUCCAAUAUUAUUCCCCCGCUAAUUGCGAAACAGAAUCUAGAAUUAGCUUUUAAAUUGUCAUCUGCAUCAGCAGCCGCAGCGGCAGCUGCAGCAGCUGCUGCUGUUUCAGCCAAACAAAAUGAUUCAGCAAAGGCAUCAUCACUUUUGGGUCAUCCUGGAACACCAAUUAGUGUGGCAGGAGCAUCUAGUGGACAGCCACAGAUUUUCGUUAAACAAGGUGUCUCUAAAUGCAAAGAAUGCAACAUUGUAUUUUGCAAAUAUGAAAACUAUUUGGCUCAUAAGCAACAUUAUUGUUCGGCUAGAAAUCAAGAUGAUACUGAAAAUAAAACCACUACUCCUCCAUCGGGGUCUAGUGCUGGCGGAGGAGCAGAUACCAAUCCAAUUGCAUAUCAACAGUUGAUCUGUGCAGCUUGUGGAAUUAAAUACACAUCAAUGGAUAAUUUGAGGGCUCAUCAGAAAUUCUACUGCCCUAAGGGAGGUGGUGAUGCUGCUGCUGCCCCUCCCAUCACAAAGGAAAAAUGUUCCAAAUGUAAGAUUCUACAUGACAUUGGUCAGCCAUGUCCGCCAACAGCAGCAACAGCUCAGCCACAGUGUUCCUAUAAAUGCCCUGUUUGUGAUGUUGUUAGUUUGACUGCUUCCGAGAGUCGCAAACAUUUGGAAACACAUGGAAGUGUUAAGGCAUUUCGAUGUUCGAUUUGUCGAUAUAAGGGCAAUACAUUACGUGGGAUGAGAACUCAUAUUCGAAUGCAUUUCGAUAAGAAAACCUCCGACUUUAACGAGGAGAAUUAUAUGUCUUGCAUAUUGGAAGAUGAUGGCUUAGAAAUUCCUAGUCCUGUGGCAAUGAGCCAGGAGCAAUUAUCUCAAUUUGCUGCUGCACAGCAACAACUUCAACAACAGCAGCAACAACAACAGCAUUUAUUGCAACAACAGUCAUCGACCCAACAACAACAACACUCCCCACAGAAUCCUCAACAGAUAUUUAACUGUGAAAUGUGUAACUACUCAUCUUCCUACAAAGGCAAUGUGAUGCGUCACAUGAAGUUAGUACAUUCACAACCUGGAACAUCGCCAUCUAUUUCACCCGAAGUGGUUAUCGAAGAGAAUGAGUCAUCAUCAAUUCAAACCCUAAAUGGGGACAAUACUACUAACUUAGCAGGGGGUUUCACCAUAAAAACGGAACCCUUAGAGCCUAUCGCCGUAACUUCUGCCACCAAGAAUAAUAAUUCCAAUUCUACACCUCCAAAUCAUCAUCCAGCUCUACAUCAUUUGGAACCACCCCUAACACAAGUCAAAACUGAACCAAUGGAUACAGAUAUUGGUGUUAUUAGAUCUCUACAUUCUCCCUUAUCGAUUCCUCCACCACCACUUUUAAAUUCAACAUCACCUUUAUCGGGUGAUGAGAAUUCCCUACAUAGAAAUAGUACAUCAUCUGGUGGAGGAGGUGCAGGUGGUGGUAUGCCAUUAAAUCAAAAAUAUUGUCAAACGUGCGAUAUAACAUUUAAUUAUAUGAAAACUUAUUUAGCACAUAAACAAUUUUAUUGUAAGAAUAAACCUAGAGGUGAUACAGAUAGUCCGAGUCCGGUGACGCCAGUGCAAUCUCCAACAAUGUUGAAUAAAAAUAAAGAAAAUUUAGAAGCUGCAAUGUUAUAGACGACGACGACGGCAGUCUAUAUGAUUGAAGUUAUGAAAUAUUUCAAUAUUAA